AUGAUGGAUACCAGCUCACAAGCCUCUGCAAAGACUGCCAAGGCUGCUAAGGCUGCUUCCAAGGCACUGCGUCUGUCCAACAAUGUAUGGAGCAACAAAUAUUUUGCCAUCGCUAUCGGGGCCAUCAUGUUUUUAUUUGCUGUUUACCACUGGGCAAGUGUGAUUCAUUUCAAAUAUGGCUCUAGCAAGAGUCAUCCUGCAUUGACUCGGAAGUAUAGGGAGGCCCGACGGUUUCUGUCAAGUUCCAUAAUGGGACUGAGGACAGACCGGUCUCUUCUUUACAUUGUCUACUGGGCUAUCAAUUUGAUUCUCACAUUAACAAAUGUUGACCUUACCCAACCCACUUAUGUUGCUAAACGACUCGGCUGGAUUUCCAUCGCGAACCUCGUGCUUUUGGUCUUUCUGGCCCUCAAAAACACUCCCUUAGCACCCUUGACGGCCAAGUCCUACGAAAAACUCCGCCCACUCCACAAAGUCGCUGGAUACACAUGUAUCGUCACAAGCUUGUUGCAUGCUAUUGUUUACCUGGCUGAAUGGUCAGUGACGGGCGAUCUCGCGAACAUGCAAGAGAGAAAGAACUUCAGCGGUGCCAUUGCAGGCACAGCCAUGGUGAUAAUCGGGUUUUCCACCUUUACCUACUUCAUGCGAGGUUACUAUGAGCUCUUCUACCUGCUACACAUCAUCAUGUUUAUCUUGAUUAUGAUUACCGUCGGAAUGCACCGUCCCGAUUUCUCGUCGAGUACCGUGAUUAUUGUGAUUUUCACUGCCUGCCUCUGGACAAUCGAUCGUCUGAUCCGUGGAGCAAAGAUAAUUUGGAAUUUCUUCGGAAAUUCCGCUACCCUCACCGCACUACCCGAUAAAGCUCUUCGGGUGAAACUCAGUCGUCGCAUGUAUUCCACUCCGGGAUCUCAUGCUUUCUUGUGGGUUCCUGCCAUUCGGUGGGUUGAAAGCCAUCCAUUCACUCUCUUGUCUUCAAGUCCGUCCGAAUUCGUGAUUCGAGUGUACGAUGGUUUCACCAACGAUUUGUACAAAGCUGCCCAGGAGGCUCCAGGGAAGUCCUUGCGUUGUUCAGUCGACGGUGCAUACGGCCAGGUCCCUAACUUCAAGAGUUUCGACCGUGUUGUGCUUGUUGCUGGUGGAAGUGGUGCGAGUUUUACUUUUGCUAUUGCACUGGAUCUGAUCGAAUCAUCUAUCAAAACAGUCAAGUCCAUUGACUUUAUUUGGAUAGUGAGGGAAAAGGAAUGCCUUCAAUGGUUUGCCCAAGAGCUCAAGCAGCUUGAGAGCAACCCGGAUGUUAAUAUAAUACUUCACGUCACCCGCUCCACGGAUCUUUCUGGCACUCCAUCAACCGCAACUCUACCAGAGAAGGUGUCUGUAGACAACGUCGUCGCGACAGCGCCUUCUUUGAGGCACUCUCAAAUCCACGACCCUGAGAAGGGCGCUUUGGAAAAAUCCACUGUCCCCAAGUCCUCUGUAAAUGAGAUCCGACCAGGACGUCCAAAUGUCAGCCAACUUCUUGGGGAUGUUUUUGCUUUGAGCAACUCAGAUGACCGCAUCAUUAUUGGCGCUUGCGGUCCUAGUGAUCUUAUGGCGACGACGCGGCAGGCCGUUCACAGUGAUAUCCACAAUGAUGGACCUUCGCUCACCCUAUACACUGAGGAAUUUGAGUGGUGA